AUAUUUGGCAUAUUCGCUACAGUAGCAAGUAUUCCAUAUAUGAGAGCAAAUACUGGAAGUUUGUAAACAAUUGAAUUGGUACGUUACAAAUAAAUAAAAUGUUCAAUGGAACCUGUUGUUUAUUAUGUUUGGAGUGUUCAGAGGAUCAAAUAGAUUUAAUUUUCAAAGAAGAAAAUGGUUUGAAUGCGCGAGAUAUAAUUGAGCUCCAUUUCAAGGAGGAGUUGGAAAUGAUGCCACAGAUAGAAAACAAAGUUAUUUGCAAGAUAUGUUGGGAAUCGAUUGAAUCAUUUCAUAAAUUUUAUUUAAAUGUGAAACAAGUGCAUAGAGAGGCUGCAAACACAUUGAAAAAAUUCAGCAUGGAGAAAGAAGAAUUUAUUCGAAAUGAAGAUACAUCGCCUGCACAACGGCGGCGUACGAGACGAACGCGACAACCAAAAGCAAUUGAAUCUUCUAAAGUUUUUUGUGAGCCCACAUUAACUCUAAAGGAUUGUGAAAUAAAAAUUGAAGAAUUAAUUCUGCCAGCUGCUUCCAACCGUGAUUGUGUGCCUUCGGACAAUGUGCAAGAAACAUUUGUCGAUAAAGAUGAGAUUGGACCGGAAGUGAAUCGUAUGGAAACUGUUGCCUCACCAACGCUUUCUUGUGCCGAUGAAGAUGAUAAUUUGAUGGAAGAAGAAAAUUUAGGUACAUCUAUUUCGCCAACUGUUUCAGACUCGGACGAUAUAGAAAGUGACAAUGAGCAAAUACAUGUAAAAGGCAAAUCCCGAAACAUAAAGAAACGACAAAGCGUUAAUAAGAAAACAGCUGAAUCUGAUGAAUACAUCGCAAAGAAAAAUUUCAAAUUGACCUGCAGUAUUUGUCACAUUUCUUUAGCCAACUUUAAGGAAUUAAAGGCGCACUUUCGUGAAGCGCAUCAAAUGAGGGGUUAUGUGCUCUGUUGUGGUAAAAAGUUACCUAAUCGUGGUUUGUUAAUCGAUCACAUUAAUUAUCAUGAAAAUCCCGAUUACUUUAAAUGCAAGCUCUGUGGAAAGAGUAUGACCGAACGUCGUAGUCUUGAAUUGCAUCUUCAGUAUGCGCAUGGCAAACGAGAGAGAACUCAUCGUUGUACAAUUUGUUCCAAGGGAUUCUUUCGAGCUUCUUGCUUAAAACAGCACUAUUACAUUCAUGUUUCUGAAGAACAGAAAACUGUGCCGUGUCAGCAAUGUGAUAAAACAUUUCCAGAUGAUGCUGAAUUGAGAAAGCAUAUGAGGCUUUCACAUUUGAAUGCCUACGCAAAAAUAUGUGAUAUUUGUGGUGCAUCAAUCAAGGGCCGAUAUGCAUUUGAACGUCAUCAAGCAGAACAUAGCGGUAUCCCUCGAAAACUGAUCAAAUGUGAUUUAUGUGAUGCUGCAUUGACUACAAAAUAUGGUUUAGCGCGGCACAUGAAAACUAUGCAUACAGAGGAGUAUCAAACGCCGCAAGUUUGCUCAAUAUGCUCUAAGCUUUCACCCAAUGUGCAGGCUCACCGUAACCAUGUGAAGUAUAUGCAUUCUUUAGAAAGGAAGCAUGUAUGUAAAUUAUGUGACAAGGCUUUCAAACGGCUUACCGACUUUAAGGAGCACAUGGCCACACAUACCGGAGAAGCAUUAUAUACCUGCAGCUUUUGCCCACAAACAUUCAAAUCCAAUGCGAAUAUGUAUUCUCAUCGCAAGAAAAAGCACGCUAAAGAGUGGGCUGAACAGAUUGCAUUUAAGAAAAGUUUAGCAACUCCAUUAAAGCAGACAAAAUCGACUGAUCAAUAAAGCAAAAAAA